GUGCUCAUCAUCAGGGUGACAGCUUUGAGCUACACUUUCAGGCGCGCACAAGAGGGCAAAGUGGUACCCGGCAGGGCACACCAUCACGCCUCCUCCCGCUUACUCCACACACGCAGGGAAACGAGGAAGCUUGGGAUCUAGAAAUGGAUUUCGUCGAUUCCCACGCGGGAAGCCCGGCGACCAGGCCAAUAGCCGUCUGUUCUCGCCCGCGCACAACAACAGCGCGGCGCAUCCGUCCCCGCUCCGCGGCGCCGCCGCCGCCGCCGCCUCGUGUUGGCGGCGGCGGCGGCGGUAGGGAAGCGUGUCGGCAAGUAUAUCUCAAGCAGGCGGGCGGCGUCGGCGGAGCCUUUUCUCUCGCGUGGGCGGGAGGGGUGUCGAUUCCCGCCUCGGGACUGUCGAUGUCCACCGCGUUGCUGCUGUCACUGCUGGCCGUUUCGGGUGCGGCUGCACCGGCGGCGGCUGCGGCGGCGGUGGCGGCGGCGGCGGCCGCAGCGCCACAAUCGCCGCCAACAACGGCACCGUCCCCAUUCUCGUCCAUGGCCUUUUUCUUGGCUUCGCCGGCGCCGCCAAGGGUCGGUGCAGGUUUUCCGUCUGCCUGGCGACCGGCUUCCGCCCUUGGCCUGCGCAGACGCAGCAACGCUAGCAGCGCGGCACGGUUAACAGCCGGGCGAAGUAGAGCACCGUCGGCCCUUCGCAGUUGUCGGAAUAGUAUCAGCUGUUCCUGGUCGACGGGGACACCUUCGUGGUUGUGGAAAGGAAGAAGGGCGAGAGGUUGCGGGGGGGGGCGCUGCUUGAGCGGGGGGGGGCUACUACCGCCGCGUUCGCGCCUCCGGAGCAGAGCCGAAAUAGGGCUCACGGACGACUGGAGCACCGGCGAGGCGAGCCACCGACCAGAGGACGGAGGCGCCGGCUGGAACUGCGAGUGGGAUGACGACAUGGACCUCUUGACCAGUUUUGGCUUGGACGAGUACGGCGGCAGCGGAAGCUACGGCGACGGCAGCGGCCCCGCCGACACCGACGCCUCCACCGGAGACGACGCGCCGUCCCUCUCGGAGCGAGACGCGGCGCGCCUGGAGGAGGUCGGCAUCAUGGUCGAGGAGCUGGAAGGAAACCGGGGGGGGAGCACGGCGGCGGCGACAGGGGGGGGGGCAACCGCCGCAGUUGUUGGGACGGCGGGGGGCGCCGCCGCCGGCGAGCCGUCGCCGUCGCCGGCGGCGGCGGCGGCGGCUAGAGACGACGCAGAUAUCAAGGAGCUGACGCGCACGGCCAGGAAGGGGGACCUCACCGGGGGCGCGAUGGACAGCGCACGCUUGCGCAUGACCUGCGGGGACCCCGUUUUCUUCGCGCACCUCGCCGAGCUGAUGCAGGGGGUCCACCGGCAAGCCGGGGGGAGGAAGUUCCUGAACCACGAGGAAGAGAUGGAGCUCGGGGAAACGGUGCAGCGGUAUCGGGCGCUAAUCGAGGUGAGGUGGGAGGGGCACCCGUAG